AUGAGAAAAGAUGAGCUCUUCCAUUUGGUUCAGUUACAUAAACCAAUAGAAAAAUCAUUUAAAAUCGAUGAAUUCAUCAGGAGUCAUGGCCAUGUCGUAGUAAGACUACCACCGUACAUGUGCGACCUCAAUCCGAUUGAGUUGGCUUGGGCAAAAGUGAAAAGAAUAGUACGGCAUCACAAUGUUACUUUAGAUUUAUCCCUAAAAAGGUUAAAAGAAGUUACGGAGCUGGCGAUUUCUCAGGUUACAGAGGAAGAUUGGCGUGGCUUCGAUGAUCACGUCAUAAUUUUAGAAGAAAAUUAUUGGCAAAGAGAUGGAUUAAUUGAAGAUACCAUAGAUCGAUUCGUCAUUGAGGUCAGCGACGGCGAGGAUAGUGACACCGAUUCAACCAUAUCUGCCAUUUCUGAAUCUGAUUAA